AUGAAAAGAAAAAGGCAGGAAGGGAGAGCGUCCCAACCGGAGAAAAAACAGAAGAUUUUGGAGGAACCUAUUCAUGGUCCUCGACCUAUCGUUAAUCAGUUCCUUUGUUUUGUGGAAAAAUGUUUACCUUGUAAGGUGUUGUUGGAUACUGGUGCAACUGGUCCUGUUUUGUCUGCUGUUUUUGUUGAUAGUUUUGAGGUCCCGAAGGUGAAACGAGACGUCCCGGCCCAGGUAUUUGGAUUUACGGGAGAAGUUAUGAAGGGCACGGGACACGCCUUUACACAACCAUUAAUUAUAAUGUCAAAGGGGCAUCAAACACAGUUGUCAUUCGAGAUCGCCCCUCUCCCACUUGGCAUCGAUGCAAUACUACCGAACUGGUGGUUGAAAGAACAUAAGCCGGUUAUAGGGUUAAAUGGGGAAGUUUCCUACGAUGGCGAGAACUGCAAGAGUCGAUGCUUCACUGACAAGGAACCUCAAAUAGAGAUGGACGAGGGUGUACUGGACGAUCCGGAGGCCCAAUGCAUCGGUAGCAUCUGUCUAUUGGAAGAUGAAUCGACCAACCUCCGCGAAACUCUUCCCUCUUGGCUCCAUGGGUUCCUUAAAGUCUCCCUGCCAUCAGAAGCAGACAAAUUACCACCGCAUCGAUCUUACGACCAUGCGAUAGAUAUCGAACCAGAGAAGCAGCCACCAUGGGGACCCGUUUACUCCCUAUCUGAAGUUGAACUGAAGGUGCUUCGGGAGUACCUGGAUAAAAUGUUGCGAUUGGGAAAGAUUAGGCCUAGCAAAUCCCCGGCAGGAGCCCCAAUCCUAUUUGUGAAGAAGAAGGACGGUAGUCUGCGACUUUGCGUUGACUACCGUGGACUUAACCGCGUGUCCAUCAAGAACAGGUAUCCGUUACCGCUUAUGGACGAGCUGCGAGAUCGAGUGGCAGGCGCGGUUAUCUUCUCGAAGAUUGACCUGAAGGAAGGUUACAACCUCAUCAGGAUCAAAAACGGCGACGAGUGA